UUUUUUUUUUUUUCCAUUCCUUCAACUCUCUCUCACCUCGUUCGAAAAACUUCAAACCCCCUCUACAUUCUCACCAUGAAGUCCGCUUUUAUCGCCAUUGCUGCCUCUGCCCUUGCCUCCGUUGCCUCGGCUCAAGUUCUCUCCUUCGGAUACCCCAUCGGUGCCAGCGUUUGGGAUCUUUCCAAGCCUAACUCUCUCUAUGUUCAGUGGACCAAUGACUGCAAGAGCUUGAACAAGACCACUUUUGACAUCAACUUGAACAUGCAGCGCCCUGAUGGCGUUCAGGAUAAGGUCCCUGGUGUCACUGCCCCCAUCGGUACCCUUGACUGCAAGAGCAAGGGCAGGUCCACCGUCACGAUCCCUGACACCGUUGCCUCCGGCAGCUUGUACUCCAUCUAUGUCAGCCACGGUGAUGAUGGACAGUCUUACUCUGCUCUCUUCACCAUCAACAACCCCAAGGUCCCAAGCACGCCUGCUUCCACCAGCAAGGCUGCCACCACCACCGGUGGUGCUUCCGCCACCCCUACCAAGGCAAACCCCACCACCGCCGCCGCCACAAAGCCCUCUAGCAGUCCCACUCCCUCUGACAAGCCCAGCAGUGCUGGUGCCUUGAAGGUUGGCUCAACCGCUGCCUUGGUCAUUGUUGCCGCUGCUGGUUUGAUGCUCUAAAGGAGAGAACAAAAACAAAACAAAA